CUACUUAUUAAUAAUAUGACUUUCUUAUUUUACAGAACUCCAUCCUGAUCUACAACCCAUGAUAAAAAGAACAAAAGAAAAGAUCAAACGAGAAAUAGAGCAGAAAAAGGGAAAAUUCCUUGAGACCAAAGCUUUCCUCGAUGCUCAAAACAAGCUCCAAAAGAACAGAGUUCUAGUUAUCAAGGGAAACACAGGAGAUGGCAAAACAUCUACCGCCAUUCGACUCCUACACUGGCUGGUCGAGGAGCAGCAAUGCAGACAACCCCUUCAGCUUCAUGAAAUUACGAAAUUAGAUUUAUUGGCUCCAAACUCUAAGCUGAUUACUUUCAUUGAUGAUAUUGAUGUUGGUAGAAAUGAUGCAGAAGAUUGGAAUAGAAGAAUUACAGAUGUAGAAACACUUUUUCAUGGUGAACAAAUUCAGGCCAAUUUUUUGCUCAUUACAGUUCGUAAUGAAAUAUUCAAUACUUUGAAAAAAUCUUCUAUAGAAACAGUUUUCACUGAAGAUAACAUCAUUGAUCUGAGCUCAGGUGAGUACAGAAUUGCAGAAGAAAAAAAGGCACUUUUAGAGAUGUAUAAACCAGAAAAUUUCUCAUGGACUGAGGGAGAAAUAGAAAACAUUCUAUCUUAUGCCCCAAAUAUUGGAUUCCCACAAUGUUGUCAGCUUUUCUGCAAGUCUGAUCAUGAGUUGCAGAAAACACGAAGUGAUUUUUUUAUGGAGCCUGUCAAAUUUUUGAAAGAAGCAUUUUCAAGGUUACCAGAAUGUUCUGCCAUUUUGUUUCUGUUCCUCAAUGGCGGGGAGAUAAAGGUAAAAGAUCUAGACCCAAAUGGUGAUAAAGUAAACAAAACAUUGUUAGAGGAAGCUUUUGAUAUUAAUUUGGUUGAUGGUGAAGUUGACAGAACUACAAUGACAUUUAAGAAAAGGGUAGGAUUUGUGAAAGAAAGUUUUGAAAGAUUACUAGGAUUUUUAGUAAGGAAGUCUGGUGAUGAAAUGUACAGAUUUGAUCAUUACUCUAUAUAUUUCACAGUAGCCCUUUUGUAUGGAGACAAAACCCAAGCUGGUUACAUACAGAAUUGUCCCAGGAGGUUCCUCAGUUAUAUAACAACUUCAAAAACAUCUGAAAACAUGGUUGUCAUAUCAUCUGAUGAUUAUACAGACAUGUGUAAUCGUCUGCUCCAAGAGUUUAGGUGUGAGGUGCCAGAGGUGAGACCUUUUGAUGACUCUAAAGAUCUAUCCACCUGGUUACCCAAUUUAAUUAGGAGAAAUCUUUUUGAUAAAGUAAGUAUUAGCAUUGGCUCUCUAGAUGUAUGGAAAAAUCCUGUCUUUCUUGAGGGAUUUUUCGAGUUGUUAAAUGAGAGAGAAGUUAAUAAACUUGAGGUGCUCAAUAAAGCAUGUUACUUCUGUGCUGAAGAAUGUGCUUUAUAUCUUCUGCAUAAGGGAGUCCAACCUGACAAGGACACGCCAUUGUGGUCAUUGAUUGAAAGAGGUGGUCAUGGUAAGGGAGAUGUGGAUGUACUUAAGAAAGUUUAUAGCUACAUGAAUGAUGAGGUCAAGCUUGACUUGUUAAAUAAAGCAUGUGAUUCUGGUUCAGAAGAAUGUGCUUUAUAUCUUCUGUGUGAGGGAGUAAAACUUGACAAGGACACACAGUGGUGGUCAUUGAUUACAAAGGGUAAUGAAAGGUUUGGCAAAGGAGAUGUGGAUAUACUGAAGAAAGUUUUUAUAUACUUGGAUGAUGAGGUAAAACUUGACUUGUUAAAUAGAGCAUGCAGAUAUGGUUCAGAAGAAUGUGCUUUAUAUCUUCUGUGUGAGGGAGUCAAACCUGAUAAGGACAUACUGUUACAUGUGGUGGAGGUGGGAAGUGUGAAAUUGUUCCGUGAACUACUUCAGCAUGAUGUCUCUCUAACAGUGACGAAUCAGUCCAAUAACAAUGUCCUACAUGUUGCAUGUCAGUGGGACAGAGAAGAGAUGGUGUCAAUGCUUUGUGAAGAUUAUCCACACUUGGUACAUGACACUAAUCAAGCAGGACAAACCCCACUUAAUUCAGCAGCAGAGACAGGAAACUGUUCUGUAUUCAAGUUAGUGGAGAGAACUGUACUUAACUCUUUGUGUAGAGUUGAGGAUGAACAACACAAGUGUGAGACAGAAGAUGGUCGUGAGGUCCAUAGGAGUUGUGCGUGUAGUCAGUACAUGUCUCAGUUAAUGGAUAAGUAUGGCUGGGAGGUGAAUGAUUAUGAGGUUCCUAACAUAUCGUCCUAUGGAAGGGCGUGGACAAUAUUACAUGAGAGUUGUGCGAGAG